AUGCAACAUUUUAUGUGCGCACAAUCACCAACUAGCAAUGAACCAUACAAGAAAGGUAUCUUCGCGACUUGCGAUAAAGGGAGAGAGUCCCGUUGUGUCGCUGAGCUGUAUAGGCUGUUUGAAGAGUAUGCAGACAAGCUUUAUGGACCGGAAGAUGCGGGGACGGCGGAUAGUGCCGACAAUCAAAAUCCUAAUGAACCCGAAGAUAAGCCGGAUGUCGAUGACAUUGAGGCUGCGAUUGCAGCAGAAAUCAGUGGCAUCAAUGCGAAAGGCAAGGCUAAGGACAAUAGGAUAACGUCGAUCAAACUGGAUACUCCUUGCUUGAUAUUCUUCCAUACGAAGGAACCCGUGGAUCCUGCGGAGCUAGUCGGAUUCAUUUUCAAGGAUAUCGAGGAGACGAAGCGGCGACAGACCAGAUUCACAAACCGACUCACACCAAUCACAAAAACAUGCAAGGCUAAUAUCACUGACCUCGAGGAAACCGCACAUGAGGUGCUCAAGCCACACUUUCAUGAGGGCCAGAAAGGUGUCAAGUUCGCCAUCAGACCCAAUCUGCGAGAUCAUCGUGUAUUGAACCGAGAUGAAAUCAUCAAAUCAGUUGCCAGAAUCGUCGGACCAGAUCACAAGGUCGAUCUAAAAAAUUAUGACCUUCUCAUUAUUGUGGAAGUGUGGAGGAACAUCUGCGGUGUCAGUGUUGUCCGGGAUUUCGAACACUACAAGCGAUUCAACCUGGGCUUGGUGGCCGACCAAUCAGAAGGCCUAACAAACGAGAAAGCAUGUGGCGUGGCACCAGAAUAA